AUUAUUUUACAGAUUAAACAAAUCAUAUCUCUACUUUUCCUCUCGAUUUCCCGAGCUAAUUGGAAGAGUCUUGAAGGUAAAAACCGAAGAAACAAAGCGCUCUCUCUCUUUGUGAAUCCAAUCAAAUCUAAGAUGUUGAGAGUGGCAACGAGGCGGCUCACUUCUUGUUCGUCUGCGUGGAGGUCGCACCAGGCCACCUCCGCUAUCGCCUCUCGUCCUUUCAUCGACGGCUCCGAUUCUUCUGAUUGUCUCAGAUCCAAUUUCUCCUCCUCCUCAUUUUCCUUCUCUUUCGCUUCUCAAUUCCUUCUUCCCACCAGAGGUUUUGCUUCUGAGUCACUCACCCCAAAAAGUGACCACAGUGUGAUUCCUGAUGUUCCAGCAACAGUGGCUGCUAUUAAGAACCCCAGUUCUAAAAUAGUUUAUGAUGAAUACAACCAUGAACGUUUUCCUCCUGGUGACCCCAGCAAGCGGGCAUUUGCCUAUUUUGUCCUGACAGGUGGUAGGUUUGUUUACGCAUCUGUUAUCCGUCUGCUCAUCCUCAAGCUUGUCCUGAGCAUGUCAGCCAGUAAGGAUGUUCUUGCACUGGCUUCUCUCGAGGUUGAUCUCUCCAGCAUUGAACCUGGCAGCACUGUAACUGUUAAGUGGCGUGGAAAGCCAGUCUUCAUCAGGCGCCGAACUGAUGAGGAUAUCAAGUUAGCAAACAGUGUUGAUCUAGGGUCUCUUCGUGAUCCACAGGAGGAUGCAGCAAGGGUUAAGAAUCCAGAGUGGUUAAUUGUUGUUGGGGUUUGCACACAUCUGGGUUGCAUUCCCUUGCCAAAUGCUGGUGAUUAUGGUGGAUGGUUUUGCCCUUGCCAUGGUUCCCAUUAUGAUGUCUCUGGCAGGAUUCGCAAGGGUCCAGCACCAUACAACCUGGAAGUACCCACUUACACCUUCUUGGAUGAGAGCAAACUGCUUAUCGGUUAAGAAUUGGUAGCGUUCCUUUGGGUUCUCAUAAGUUUUAUAAUUUUAUUAGAUAAUGCCGAAGGUUUGUUACAGAAUUUUGCUUUUCCUUGCCUUGGACUUUGAGGGCAUUGUUAGUGUUGUUUUUGUAACUGGAAUAAUUGCAACUGCAGCCAGUUGAUAUUUCUCUAAACUCUGAAUAAUUUUCCCGGAUUUUGAGGAGAACCAAAUAUAAUUGUUCUUUAGACUUGGCUAUUCGCUA